AUGGAUGAUACAACAGAAUCCAUUUUGAAACCAAGAAAGAAAUACAUGACUUCAUUUGCAAAUGUCUCUCAAGAAGAAGCAGAGGUUACACUUAGAUUUCGAUUCACUGAAUUUUACAAUUCGCAAAUACCACUCGAUCAAUUCAUCACGAGAAGUGCACCGGACGAGUUGAAAAAAAUGGUCUUUGAUCGAUUAGUUGAGCGACUUAUAUCAGAAGAUUUUCCAGAAGCAACAAUUUCUCCAUUGAAUGAAGCGGUCAUUACAGAUUAUGUCGGACAGGUUUUGGCAACAAUAGUUGCCUAUAUUGCUCGUAUGAUGAAACGUCGUGUUUUAAAAUUAAGACGAGAGAAACAAAUCAUCAGCAAAGAUGAAAAGUACGGUAGAAACAUGGAAUUUAUGGUAAUUCAAAGUAUCAAUGUUGACGACACUCGUUAUGUAAUUAUUAUUGAAGCAAAAUGUGAUACAUUUGGAAAAGGACUUACUCAAUUAUUAUUAUCAUUGCGAUCGAUGUUUGAAAUAAAUAACGAUCAGAAUCCGGUUUAUGGAUUUGUCACGACAGCAGUCAACUGGCAAUUAGUGACUUAUGACGGUCAAACAUGGAAAAUAUCAGAAUCAUCUGUUCUUUUAUCUGGGAAUAUGGAAAAACAAGAAGAUCGAUGGUUAAAAAAUAAUACACAAAUAUUAGACGUUAUUUACACUAUUUUAUCAUCAUUAUAA